AUGCUCCCAACUCUUUCAUUAAAUCAACCAAAGUUUCCUCUAGCACCCAUUUGGGAUUCUAAUGGAAUUACAAUUGCUGAUGGAUCGAUUGUUGGUCAAUUUCCUUACGCCAUUUUUGUGAACACAAACAACACAAUCUAUGUCGCCAAUAAAGAAAAUAACACCAUUGUGGUGUGGAAUGAAGAGAGUGUUAAUCCAACAAAGAUCAUACACGGUAAUUUUACACGACCCAGCUCUCUUUUCGUGACAUCAAAUGGUGAUAUUUAUAUUGAUGAUGGUGAGAAGAAUGGUCGAGUACAGAGAUGGAGUGCAGAUACAUAUAUCUUUGUUACAGUGAUGAAUGUCAACUUAUCGUGUUGGGGUUUGUUUGUUGAUAUUAACGAUACUCUUUAUUGUUCAAUGUAUAAUCAUCAUCAAGUAGUGAAAAGAUCGUUGAAUGAAUUUGUAAUGACUUCAAAUCGUGUUGCUGCUGGAACAGGUAUUGGAGGAUCAUCCUCAAAUCAACUCAAUACUCCUGUUGGAAUUUUUGUCGAUAUGAAUUUGGAUUUAUAUGUGGCAGAUUAUGGAAAUGAUCGAGUUCAGUUAUUUCAGUCGGGAGAAUCGAAUGGCAUCACAGUAGCUGGAAGUACAUCACGAAAUCCAACAAUUACACUUAACCAUCCGACUGGAAUUAUAUUAGAUGCUGACAAAUAUUUAUUUAUUGCGGAUUUUAGCAAUCAUCGCAUUGUUGGUUCAGGCUUGAAUGGUUUUCGAUGUUUAGUUGGAUGUUAUGGAGGGGGGUCACAAUCCAAUCAAUUAAUAUUACCAAUUAGUUUUAGUUUUGGUUGUUCUGGAAACAUGUUUGUUACUGAUUCAGGAAAUUCUCGAAUUCAAAAAUUUUUCCUGAUGAAAGAUUCUUUUGCUCUUUCAUUCAAUCAACCGAAGUUUUGCGCAACUGCCGCUUGGAAUUCCAAUGGAAUUACUUUUGCUAAUGAAUCGAUUCUUGGUGAAAUUCCUAACACCAUUUUUGUGAGCAUAAACAAUACAAUCUAUGCCGCUAAUCGAGAAAAUAGCACAGUUCUAAUGUGGGAUAAAGAGAGUGACAAUCUAACAAACAUCAUUCAAGGUAAUUUUACAGAUCCUCGAUCUCUCUUCGUGACAUUAAAUGGGGAUAUUUAUAUUAAUAAUGGUGGCCAGAAUAGAGGGGUACAGAAAUGGAUCGUAGAAUCAAAGACUUUUGUCACAGUGAUGAAUGUUAACUCAUCAUGUUUUGGUUUGUUUGUUGAUAUUAACGAUACUCUUUAUUGUUCAAUGUCUGUUCAUGAUCAAGUAGUGAAAAGAUCAUUAAAUAAUUCUGUAAUGACUUCAAAUCGUGUUGCUGCUGGAACAGGUAUUGGAGGAUCAGCCUCGAAUCAACUCAAUACUCCUGUUGGAAUUUUUGUCGAGGUGAAUUUGGAUUUAUAUGUGGCAGAUUCUUCGAAUAAUCGAGUUCAGUUAUUUCAGUCGGGAGAAUCGAAUGGCAUCACAGUAGCUGGAAGUACAUCACGAAAUCCAACAAUUACACUUAACCAUCCGACUGGAAUUAUAUUAGAUGCUGACAAAUAUUUAUUCAUUGUGGAGCAAGACAGUGGUCGCAUUGUUGGUUCAAGCUUGAAUGGUUUUCGAUGCUUAGUUGGAUGUAAUGAAGUUGGUUCACAAUCCAAUCAGUUGGCUCUCCCAUAUAGUUUGAGUUUCGAUCGUUCUGGAAACAUGUUUGUUCCUGAUACAUUUAAUAAUCGAAUUCAAAAAUUUCAAUAUGUCGAAGAAUCAUGUGGUAAUUCAUCAGUUAUAAAAUCAGUGUAUUCAUUAGCACUGACAACGAACAGUUCAUCUUAUUUCCAAGAAUGUUCAGAGUUACGUUCAUAUUAUGAAGCGAUACAAAUUAGCGUCACUAUAACUGGAUAUUAUACUUUUUUAAUCAACAGCGAGAUGAAAGCCACGUACGGUUACAUAUAUACAAAUAAUUUUAAUGUAUUUAACUGGUUAGAAAACAGGCUCAUUUAUGAUGGAGAUAGUAAUAAUGCAGGCCAGUUUCGACUCACAGCUCUUCUUCAAACCAACAUAAUACAUGUUGUUGUUAUAACAACAUCUUCUCCAAAUAUUACAGGAAACGUUUCAAUUCAAGUAUCGGGCCCCAAUUAUAUCGAUUUCCGUCGUAUUUUGAAUGCUUCAUCAGCUGUUCAAACAGUUUAUACAUCAACACUGACAACGAACAGUUCAACGUAUUUACGUAGUUGUUCAGGUGCAAGCUCUUACUAUGAAGCGAUACAAGUGAAUGUUGUGACAAGUGGUCUUUACAUUUUCUUCAGCAAAAGCAAUAUGGGCACAUACGGUUCUAUUUACGAAGAUUAUUUCAAUCCAUCCAAUCCAGAUGAAAACCAUCUCUUAGACAAGGAGCACAGCUACUAUUCAUCCCCGUUGGCAUUCAAAAUUGCUCUUAAAACCAGUAUCACAUAUAUAUUAGUUGUGACAACGCGGGAUUCUAAUAUAACAGGUGCAUUUUCGAUCUUUGUAUCCGGUCCAAAUAAAGUUGAUCUCAAGAAUAUUAGUUCUCCAUCAGUCAUCGAAAUACCAUAUUCAUCAACUGUAGAAUCGAACUAUUCAUCAGAGUUGACUACGAGUAGUCAAACAUAUUCUCGAGAUUGUCGAAAAUCGAAUUAUUACUAUCAAACUAUACGAAUGAAUGUAGUGGAAACGGGAUACUAUGCUCUGACUAGUGAUAGCAAUAUGGAUACAUUUGGUGAUAGUAGUAUGAAUAUGUUUGAUGAUAUCAAUAUGGAUACAUUUGGUUAUAUCUACAAAGAUGAUUUUAAUCCAAUAAAUCCGUUCGAGAAUCGACUCCCACAGGACUAUCGAGCAUGUAGUCAUUCAGAUUUCAAGUUCAUCGCUUAUCUUCAUACUGGCACUACAUACAUAUUAGUGGUGACAACAUCUUCUCCAAAUAUAGCAGGAAACUUUUCCAUUCUGACAUCUGGUCCAAAUAAUAUUACUCUUGAUCCUUACACUCAAAUUCUGACCAGUUGUUUUAUCGGUCAAAAAUGUCAGUUCUACAAAAAAAGUAUUGGUGUCACUCUCGAUGAUAUUUUGCGUGACGAAAUUCGACCGAAUAUGACAUUGUCUGAUCAAACAAUAUUGGUAAAAAUUAAUGCUGGUUCGACAAUGAUUAUGCUUGUUGGAGGUUUAAUCAAUAGUAUUUUGUCUCUAAUAACAUUUCAAAAUAAAGAUUUACGACAAGUUGGAUGUGGUAUCUAUCUCUUGGCAUCAUCAAUUACUUCUUUUCUUACACUCAGCAUGUUUACAGUGAAGUUUUGGUUUGUUGUUCUCACUCAAAUGGAUCUAUCGAUUCGCCCUUCUGUUGUUCGAGGAGGUUGUGUAUCGAUCGAACCUCUUCUCAAGCUUUGUCUAUAUUUGGAUGCUUGGCUCAAUGCUUGUGUAGCUAUUGAAAGAGCGAUUCUCGUUUUCCGAGGAGUUAACUUCAAUAAAAAAAACAGUCAACGGAUUGCUCGAUGGAUAAUUCUUAUUUUACCAUUCUGUAUCAUGGGUUCAAUCAUUCACGAACCUAUACAUCGAGAAUUAUAUGAAAUGAAGACAGAGACAAACAAAGUAGAUACCGAUAGAUGGUGUUUAACUCGCUAUUCUCCUUUUGUUCAACAAUAUAAUACAAUCAUCCUAUUUUUUCAUCUUGUCGCUCCAUGUAUUAUCAAUCUUUGUUCUGCUUUAUUCAUUAUAUUUGGAUCAGCCCGACAACGAUCAACAGCUCGGACAAAACGAACUCUAAGAGAACAUGUUUAUAAUCAAUUUAAUGAACACAAACAAUUAUUAAUUAGUCCAAUUAUUCUUCUAAUUCUGUCAUUACCCCGUCUGAUUAUGUCAAUGUUAUCUGAAUGUGUCAAUCCAUCUAACCAUCGAUUAUUAUUUAUUUUUGGUUAUUUUAUUUCAUUUACUCCAUCAAUGCUUAUCUUUAUUGUUUUUGUCCUUCCUUCAGCAUUGUAUAGAAAAACAUUUCAAGAAUCAUUCAGACGAUGGCGACGACUCAUUCAUCAUUAA